CGUGGCCCAGAUCAACUUCUCCAAACCCUAAACCUCUCCGGUCCCAACGCGACGCCGCCGAGAGUCGCUACCUCUCUCCGCCGGCUCCUCCGACCGCUGCUCCUCAGUUCACUGCCGCCGCCCUCUCUCGGUAUCCAUCCGGACGUGGAUUUGUUUCUUCUUGGUUCUUCUCUUCUUCUUCUUCAACGCGCAGGAGGGAUUACUUGGUGCCCGAUUGAGUCGCGGGUGCAGUCCAUUUGUGGGUUGAAGUGGGCCCCAAUGCGGUACCCCAAGUCCGGCCCGGGUAAUAGGCGGGGCCGCGGGCCGCGCCUCCCCGCGGCGACGCCCCGGAAGCAGCAGGCCGCGACGGCGAACGUGGACCAGCUCACCGGCGCCAAGAUCCCCAAGAGCUUCGUCUUCUCACGCGGCAAGCUCCCCUCCACGCUCCGCCACCUCCAGCAGGACCUCCGCAAGGUCAUGCUCCCCUACACCGCCCUCAAUCUCAAGGAGAAGAAACGGAAUAACCUCAAGGACUUCGUCAACGUUGCUGGCCCGCUGGGUGUGACGCAUUUCUUGAUCCUCUCGAACCCCAGGAGCCUGCCGCACUUGCGUUUCGUGAAGUCUCCGCAGGGGCCAACCUAUACGUUUCAGAUAGAGGAGUAUGCACUCGCGGCUGACAUCGCAAACUCCCAGAAGCGGCCGAGGUGCCCCCCAGGGAUAUUCAAGAACUCACCACUGGUCGUACUCAGUGGCUUUACAGGUCAUGGUGAGCCUUUCAAGAGUUUGGUUGGCUAUUUUCAGCAUAUGGUCCCUGCCAUUGAUCCAAACACUGUUAAGCUGGCAACAUGUCAAAGGAUUUUGUUGUUAAAAUAUGAUAAAGAGAAGGAGGUUAUCGAUUUCCGGCAUUACUUCAUCAAGCUCCAGCCUGUUGGGGUCAGUCGCAGGAUUAGAAAGCUCAUGCAAAACAAUCAAGUUCCUGAUCUGAGGGACCUUAAAGAUGUUAGCGAUUAUGUGACAAAAGCUGGAUAUGGGUCAGAAAGUGAAGCAGAUGAAGCAGCAACUGUAAGCCUAGCGAGUGAUGUUGACAAAUUAAACCGGGCAUCAAGAAAAAGUGCUGUCAGACUCCAGGAGAUCGGACCAAGGAUGACCAUGCGCUUAGUUAAAGUUGAAUUAGGGCUAUGUGCUGGAGAUGUCUUAUACCCUCAAUAUGUAGGAAAGGAAAGUGGAAAGAAGGGGAAAGGAACCGGGGAAGAGAUAGAAGGUCAAGAAGCUGAGCCAGAGGAUGGGUCCGAGGACGAGAUGGAAGAGGAAUAGAUAAGGUCAUCGUAUCGAAGCACUGACCACCUGUAUAAGGAUAGCCAACAAUGUGAAUCCACUGCUGUCUUGCAGCAAAGAUAAAACGGAGCUUGGUUUCAUCCCCAGAAGAAAUGGUGACGACUGAGAAGAAGCACAUGCAGAGACAAUUAUGGAUGUUUCAUGCUGAAUCAACGUGCUCUGAGUGCGGAGUGCGGUAACAACAUGAUAUAUUCAUGGCAAUUUUGUUGUUGGAGGUGCAUAUUGAAUACUAGCUGCAGAGGUGCGAUAAAAUUGAAUAUUGUUUUGUGAAUGGUUUCGCGAGAUAGGACCUGUGUUCGCACAUUGUUUUGGUUUCCGUAAUGUCGUCAGGGAAAUUCCAAAUUCCUAUUGAUAGA